UAAUAGUAGAAAAAUAAGUUCUGAAAUGUAUUUCGGACUACUAGUUAAACAGAUAAGUCAGCUUGAUAAAGGUAUGAACAUUCUAAGAUCGUGAGAGAUAUCUUCAAUUGUUCCGUUUAUAUUUAUUCUUUCUGAUGUGAUUUCCAAGAAUAAUAUUGGACUUGAGCAAAUUUUAAAUCUUAUUCAGUAUUCUCUAUAAGUAUAUAUUAUGACUUUGAAUAUUGCUUUGAAGAUGACUGCUCUUCUUUGUCUGACAAAAGAUCGGCAUUCCAUAUGCUUGUACAUGUUACAUUCUGAAGAUUUCGGGGUUUAACACAUCAAAUUUAUAAAGCUUGUCCUCCAAAUUUUAUGAGAAUAACAUUAUCAAAGGGUCAAUCCAAAUUAGAGUUUUGUGUCUGCAGGACUUGGUGAGCGGGUUUGAUCAAGAGGUUGCUGCUGUAGUCAUGGCUAGAUUAGCUUCUUAUAAAAUGGAGAUGGAGGAAGGAUUUGAUGCCACUAGGUGGUUAGACCGGAAUCUGAUUCGUCUAUGUUCCAAAUUUGGUGACUACCGAAAGGAUGAUCCAUCCUCAUUUACGUUAAAUCCCUGUUUUUCGUUGUUGCCUCAGUUCAUGUUUAAUCUGCGGAGAUCACAAUUUGUACAGGUGUUCAAUAAUAGCCCCGAUGAGACAGCCUAUUUCCGCAUUUUAUUGAAUAGGGAGAUCAUAAGCAAUGCUGCAGUCAUGAUUCAACCGUCAUUAAUAUCAUAUUCAUUCAAUUCACUACCUGCACCUGCUUUGCUGGACGUGUCAUCCAUUGGACCUGAUCGUAUCCUAUUGCUGGAUUCAUAUUUCAGUGUAGUUAUUUUUCAUGGUUUGACAAUUGCUCAAUGGAGAAACAUGGGUUAUCAGAAUCAGCCAGAACAUCAGGCUUUUGCGCAUUUGUUACAAGCUCCACGUGAUGAUGCCGACUUGAUUAUUCGUGACCGGUUUCCGGUGCCAAGACUGGUGGUCUGUGAUCAGCACGGCUCCCAGGCAAGAUUCCUGUUGGCAAAGUUGAACCCAUCUGCGACAUACAAUAAUGCACACGAGAUGACAGCUGGGUCAGAUGUGAUUUUCACUGAUGAUGUGAGUCUACAAGUGUUCAUUGAUCAUCUUCAGCGGCUGGCUGUCCAAGCUUCUUAAGAACGUGAAAGAGUUAGGAUUCCUAUGGUCAAUUCCUCGAUUUUGUAGAAAUCCUAAUACAAGGUUUCUCUCUCUCUCCCUGUUACCAUCUUCAUCCUAUUCUGUGGUGGUUUUACCUUCUUCACAUCAAUCGUGAGAUUGAGAAGUUCAGAGCCAUCACUAUUAGAAUCAAGGAGAACAGUUCUUUCGAGGGGCUUGCAAGAAGGGGUGUUCUCUUUUUCAAACAUAAAAAGGGUUUUGAGAAUUGUUGUUUAGAGUGGCAUUGUUAAAAUGGUCAAGCUGUAAAUUUUUGGUGGACAGACAACUUAGCAAGAUAUAAUUUACCAUCAUUUAUGUAAGUACCAAGAUUACGUAGUUUUUCGUCUGUAUUGAUUUUUUAAGAUCUAUGAAUGUUUUUCUCCUACGUGCCA